AUGGCAAUUUGGACAAGAGUAAUUUCUCGCCCUCGGAAAUCAUUUCUCCACCUUUAUCCACAGAAAGUCUUCCGUGCCGCUAAACCAAUGGCGGCCUAUUCCACACAACCAUCUCACCAACCUGCAUGGCUCAAGACCCUCUUAGACAACAAGACCCCGGCUCCCAAAUUAUACGCCUGGAGUCCAGAAAACGUAGACAGCAGUAUCAGCGGCAAUGGAAAUACCACUCAAUCCAACUCGGACGACUUGGAUCGCCGAAUAUUCAUCCUCGGCGUCGGCAAUUUAGGUCGUCUCUACGCCAGCUGUCUGUCCAUGCAAUCUCCUCGGCCUCCAAUCACUCUCGUCGUCCACAGAAAAGAGCUCUUAUCUCAAUGGAUUCAAAGCCCCGGCCUUGAGAUUACCCGAUUGGGAAAGUUGUACAGCGGCAAGGAUGAAUUCCAGAUUGAGUGGUGGACUGAUGAAGCACCUACCCAUGGCCCUGUUAGAGAAGUCGCUCAGGCGAGCAAAAUUCGCAAUCUCCUCGUUGCAACUAAAGCUGCUGCCGCCAUGCCAGAAGCCGACAAGCUGCGAAGGUAUCUUGACAGUGGCAGUAGCGUGGCCUUUCUCCAAAACGGCAUGUCGAAGCUGUGGCCGCCCCAUGGACAGGAAUACAUAUCAAGGCGGUAUCCCGAUAAUGAUGGGCCUAAUAUCUUGGCCUGUGUCACGAACCACGGCGUCUUAUCAGAGGGACCAUUUAAAAGCCUUCAUGCCUCACCCGCAGACACCGCUAUUGGGCCUGUUUUACUGAAUACCAGCACUCAGCCUCUCGCAGCGAGUGUAGCAUAUCUAACGGAGGCCAUCGCCACUGCUCCCGACCUCAACGCAAGAUCCAUAACAAGAGCCGAGCUCUGGGUCUCACAACUCCAAAAACUCGUCGUGAAUUCUUCUAUAAAUCCCCUUACCGCCGUUCUCCGCUGUAAAAAUGGUGUCUUAUUCGAGGAUCCGAAUGGCGUUAUAGCGAAAGUUCUCGACCGCCUCCUCGCCGAAUCCAGUGCCGUGCUCCAAACUCUCAUCAAUCACCCCAGCACCACCGAAAUUCUGACUGAUUCCACUGGGACAAGUGCCAAAUCUCUGGAUACUUUGAGAGAAGAGCUGACUUUGCGCUUUUCGCACGACCAGCUUCGGACAAUGCUCUACAAGAUUGGUCAUAUUGUUAGGGACAACACUAGCUCCAUGCUUCAGGAUGCUCGUGCGGGAAAACCCACGGAAAUUCGGGAUUUUAAUGGAUGGCUGGUCGAGACGGCAGAUUUUCUCGGUACAAAUAGCAGUGGUCAGCAGCUAGACGUCUCAUGCCAUCGGGCUUUGAUCGCACUGGUUGAGUCAGGCACUGUUUUGGAUGAGACGGAGUUGGGCAAACAGUUGCUUUCAUGA